CGAAACAAAUAUAAUUACUAAUAUUUUUUAAUAAAAUAGGUAACUUUUUUUUCUAGUACAAGUAUUAUUAUAGAACCUAGAAAAAUGAAAAUUAUAUUUGUGCUGUCGAUAAUGUUAGCAUCUCAGAUUUUUGUAGAUGCCGCUUCCAAGAAAAAUUGCCCUGAUAAACUGGACAAAUAUGUUAGGGAUACUCUGAAAACAUGUUAUGACAAGAAAAAACUAGAAGAAGUAAAAAUUGUAUAUAAAGAACUAGUAACAUCAAUUCCAGAUUACUGUAACACCUUCAACUCAGAUGACGUUAAAAAAUGUGUUUUUUCUUUUAUCGGAGUGCUUCAAAACCAACAAAAAGCAUCGACUAUAUCAAAAGGCUUGAAAGCCCUUUGGGAUGGAGGCAGGACUUGUGUAAUAGAAUUACCCAGUUAUGCUAAGAACUUGGAAGACUAUAUAAAUAAAGGCUGUCCGUAAAAUCAGAACCUUGCUAAAAUGUCAACCUCUGUAACAAGAAUGAAUAAAUGUUAUUUAUAAUUCUA